AUGAGAAUAUUAAGUUGUGUUUACAUACUUACAAUUCUCUUCUCAAUCCACACCGCUGAAUCAUAUUUUGUCGAAGAUUUCGACAAUACAUAUGAUCAGCGUGAUGCAUCAAUUCUCUAUAUACGACAACUUUUAAAACGUCUUCGAUUAAACAAUGAUGACAAUUUACGAUGGAGAAAAAGAACAGAUGCUACACCAAAGAAGUGUCAAGAAAUAUUAUCAGGCAUGGGUUAUAGAGGUGAGACUGGACCAGUCAUAGAUAAUCUUGAUACAUAUCAGGAUUGUAUGAAUGUGUGUGAAACAGAUAGUAAGUGCUAUGGAUGGUCAUAUAGAAACUCCACUAAGAGUUGUUGGCUUCAAACAUCGCUGCAUACAUUAUAUGGUGAUGGCUUAAAAAAUGGUGGAUCUUGUCUUGGACCAGCUGCGAAGGAAACUGCCUGCACGGAAGUAUUAUCAGGCUGCUACUAUUAUGGUAAUAACGGUCCAACAAUAAAGCAAGUGGCUACUUAUCAAGAUUGCAUGAGUAAAUGUGAUGCAUCAGCAACAUGCAUGGCAUGGCAAUAUCGAGCGUCUAGUCAAAUCUGUCAGUUACUAACUACAAUACAAUACAAUAUAACUGAUGGACAGUAUAUAACUGGAUCUUGUAUCAAACAACAAGCACCAUAUCCACCACUUCCAACACCUGCACCACUUCCAACAAUAAGUCUCGAAACAUACAGACAACAAGCAUUAGAUGAACAUAAUCUUUUACGUAAAAAACAUUGUGUACCUUCUCUAACAUUGGAUCCAGCAUUGAAUGAUAUAGCACAAACUUAUGCACAGCAUUUAGCUGACACUCAUACAUUGGUACAUAGUGGAAAUAAAUUCAACGGGCAGUGGAUGGGAGAAAAUUUAUUUAUGAAAUCUGGUGGAAUAUUAUUAAAUAAUAAAGGUGCAGAUCCAGUUGACGACUGGUACAAAGAAAUCCAAUAUUAUAAUUGGUCAAAUCCUGGCUAUAAUGCAUUGAGCUAUGGACAUUUCACAGCAGUAAUUUGGAAAGGUUCAACUAGCUUAGGUAUUGGUAGAGCAGUGACAAGUGAUAAUAGCACCAUGUAUGUGGCUGGAAAUUAUUUUCCAGGAGGAAAUAUAAUUGGAACGUAUGAAAAAAAUGUCUUACCAUUAUGUUGAACAAUUUAUCUGACAUUCCAUAAUUUUUAUCUUAUUUAUAAUUAACAAAACAUUUUUUUUCUCAAAAUCAAACUUUCGUUUUUAAAAAUAUGUAACCAACAAAAACUAACAUUUUUAUCAAUUUUAUACUUUAACACAUAACAAUUCCAAAUAACUGUUUGUAGCUAGAUAAACUUCACUAUUGUAAUCUAAGUAGAUUGACUGAAUUUUAAUAAAAUUAUUUCUUCUACUUGAAAAAUAACAAAAUUUUAUCUUG